CAGUGGUAGUGUUUCUGCGGGUGCUGGACGCGGUGGAUAGCAGCCGGAUAGAAAUCUAUAAAGAUGGCCUCAGCAACAGCGACCUACGGGCAGAAGGAGUCUUCGGACCAAAACUUUGACUAUAUGUUUAAGAUCCUCAUCAUUGGCAACAGCAGUGUUGGCAAAACCUCCUUCUUGUUCCGCUACGCUGACGACUCCUUCACGCCGGCCUUUGUCAGUACGGUGGGCAUCGACUUCAAGGUGAAGACCAUCUACAGGAAUGACAAGAGGAUCAAAUUACAGAUCUGGGACACGGCAGGUCAGGAGCGUUACCGUACCAUCACCACGGCCUACUACCGAGGAGCCAUGGGCUUCAUCCUCAUGUAUGACAUCACUAAUGAGGAGUCCUUCAGCGCCGUCCAGGACUGGUCGACUCAGAUUAAGACGUACUCGUGGGACAAUGCCCAGGUGCUGCUGGUUGGGAACAAGUGCGACAUGGAGGACGAGCGAGUUGUGGGUGGAGACAGAGGCCGGCAGUUGUCUGAACACCUUGGUUUUGAGUUCUUUGAGGCCAGCGCCAAGGACAACAUCAACGUGAAGCAGACCUUUGAGCGCCUGGUCGACAUCAUUUGUGAAAAGAUGUCAGAGAGCCUGGAUGCCGGAGAUCCCGCCGUCACAGGGGCCAAACAGGGGCCCCAGCUGACAGAGCAGCCCGCUCCUCCUCACCAGGACUGUGCAUGUUAAACCUGACUACUCCACCCAAACCCCCCUUUUCCCCCUCUUCCUCCUUGUCGUCCCUCAGCUGGACACCGGGGCCUCGGGUAAAAUCCUCCCAUCACCCUUUUUGCUCACUUUCUUGCUUCUUUCUGUAACCCAGCAAGGAUCAUUUGCAGAGGGGCACAAGAACCAGGUUGAAAAGUGUCUGAAAUGCUCUGAGAUGCAAGUGGACCUGUGCUAGAGUUGUGUUUGUGUCUGGUUCCUCCACAUAAAAGAGCCUAGAAGGUGUUUUUUGAUCAGUGUGGGUUUUGGUCUGAUGCCAAAGCAAGUUCAAUCAAACCAGAGUGUUUCAGACUCUUUUCAAACCAGGUUCUUGAAGGUUUCCAAGCCAUCGUCUGUUGUCUCCCUGUUCCUCAAUGUGGUUCUGUGUGAAGGAUUUGACGGCGUCCCUCCUCAGAGUGCCAUUUAAAUCCUUCCAAUGUUUACAAUACUUUGUUUCAUGUCAGUCAAAUGUCUUGAAAAGAUGUCAGCCUUUAUGCGGGAGAAAUGAUCCAGCUGAAAUCUGCCCCAUACUGAUGUGUUAUGUUUCUUUUAUGAUUCUGGAUGCAAGCAGAGUCAAACCUGCGUUUCAGUUGUGGUCUCACGUGUUGUCUAAACAUGGAUAUUGCAGGUUUCAGCAAGUUUUUUGUUUUCAUUAUUCAUCUGAGCCUUUUCAUUUGGCCUUUUUUUAUGUUUUUGUAUUCUGGUGCCCCAUUCAUUCUUUUAAGCACUGGGUGGGGGAAAAUAUGAACAAGAUAGAGCUACGUAUAAAAAAAAAAGCAAAAUAAUUAAGAGACACAUUUUAUUUAAUUAUUUAUUUCAAAUGUACAUAUACAUGUUGUGCAGUAUAUAUAAUAUCUACAGGUAUGCAUUUCUUGAAAUGAAUUUGAAAAGGUAUGAAGUUCUAUGAGGAUAGUAUCAAAUAUAAGAGGUCUUUGUUGUUGGGUUUGUUUGGGUGAUGUGUGGAAUUGUUUGCACCCUCAGCAGCUCCUCCGCGAGUUGUUUCAUUUCCCUGUCAGUUCGGUCUCACGCUGCCUUUUGAAGACAUCAGAAAUUUAAACUUCCUGCUAAGAGACCCUUUAAAUUUCAAGUCAGAAAAUGUUUCUAAUCCUCCAAAUCCCCUCAGUGUGAUUUUUCUGCACUGCUGCUAAUAAAGUGAAGCAUUUUAAAAUGACGGGAAUAUUAGAAAAGGCACUUUGGGCUGCAUCAUAAAUGCUUUGUUAAGGCGGACAGUGACUGUUGUAAAGCUGACAUCAGGUGUUUUUCAAAAUAAAACACAGAUUUGAGCUUUUGGAUGGCUCAAAUAUGUAUUUUAUUUUACUCCUGGUGAGCAAUAACAUUCCCACUAUCACUUAAAGAGGAAUUUAAGGACAUCUGGAAAGCAUUUUUCUGCAACACAGCUGUGCAGGUGUGCUUGUGAACAUAUUGAUAAUACAGUAUCUUACAUUUGGCAAAGAAAAUUGUGCAUGAUCAUUUAGGUUGAGAUGAUAUAAUUAUAACAGCUGACAAUUUCUUGACUCCUGCAGCAAAUCAAUUUUUUUCAUCUCCCCGAUGGCUGUUUUGGAAGUCAGCUACAACAAAACAACAUUUCCUGAAACAUUUAUCAUUCAAACUUAACAUUAUUCUGUAAAGCAUGAUGAAAUGGGUUUGGAGGAUGCAAACAAUGUUGUUCUGUAAGACAAUUCUAUGGUAUUUUGUCUUUUUUAUCUGAUAGUUUGAUCUCAGAGAGUGAAUGGAAACAUCAUAAAACAGUUAACAGUCAGCAAUUUAAUGUUUCCUUGUUGAGUGACAAACAGCCCGACAGUGAGGAACUUCUUCAGAAUCAGUAUUACGUCUGUUUGUUUUUGUGUGAUGUUCCCUCUGAUGCUCAGUCUUCAGGUGGAGUACGGACAGCACUGUUUCAAACAAGCAUCAAACAGCUGGAGGCUGAAAGGUCCACAGACCAAGCUGCUGCUGAGUUUCUCACACUAGUUAAUGCAGCAACUGAAUAUUCUGCUUUGAGGUUUUCUCGGUUCCAACGUUGUGUGAACAAAUUUCUGCUAAAAGCUGUUUUUAAGUCGACAUAUGAUCACUCACUCUUGGCAUGCAUUAUCCCCCUUACACCAAAUACUCAGAACAUGUCUGCACACUUGUUUUAAUACAGUUUCCACAGUUAGACCUGGUUUGACGUGAACUACUUUUUCACUUCACCAAAGAUUGCUGUAGAAGCAUCUGACUGUUUUACUGCAAGUUUAUAACUGUAAUUAAAACAAGUGGUGCCUGGGAUUCAUGUGAACUCUGGUCAAUUGCAGAAAAAAUGUCAAUGAUAUGCUUCUGGGAAAUGCUGUUCUUUAAAAUGCUGUUGUUGCCAGUAAAAAUAGGGAUAAAUAGGAUGGAUUGAGAGAGCAAAAAUAGUGACUGGGACUAUGUGAUUGAAGCAAAUCUAUUCCAGAAAAGCAUUUAUUUGGAGUGUAAUUGCUGCAUUGACUGUCAAGUGUAGCAUACAAACCUGAAAUCACAGAUGCGAUAUCAAAGUUUGAAAAAAUGAGAACCCAGUCUGUGCCCCACCAAAAAUAUUGGUUAUUAUAAUACAGGGAGUGAUGAUCAAGACAAACCUAGGACAUGUUUUUGACCCUGCGUAUAUUUUAUUUCUUACUGGUUGUGACUGUUUCUUCUCCAGUAAAAAUCCAAACUUUUGAACUGUUCUCUCCUUUCUAAUAUGUCUUCCUCUCUAUAUAAACCAGAUCUGUAAAUACUGUUGAGUCAUAUGUGUGGAUCGUGUUGUAUCGACUCAGGCUUGCAACUAAAGAGAAAAACAAAAGAGGGAAAAAAAGUCAGUGAAAAAACCCCAAAAGAGCAAUGUUGUACUGUAUCUGCAUUCAUUACUAGGCUUGCUCGUGAAUGAAUGUGUCACUCUGUUACAAAAGCAAUACCCACUACAGUAUCUACACACAAAAAAGAAAUGCCAUCAAGCUUGGUAGAAGUUGCCGACUGUAGAUCUUCUACUAGCACGCAGGAACAUGUACUUUAUUUGGUCUCGUAUCACUGCCUCUUCACGUCCUCCUCAGUUUGGGCCAUAAAGAUGAGAGAAUAUGCUGUGGAUGU